GAAGGUCCGGAGCGGAUCGGAUCGGGAAGGUCCGGAGCCCGGAGCCCGGAGCCCGGAGCGGAUCGGAAGCGGAUCGGGAAGGGCCGGAGCGCGGAGCUCGGGUCGCAGAGCCCGGAUCCCGGAUCGGAUCGAGCGGGCGCGGCAUCCCGGAGCGCGGCUGGCGGAUCGGGGGUCUCGGAGGCCGGCGCCCGGUUUGGUCCGUCCGGGGCGGAUGUCGGGGCGCGGCGCCGGCGGGUUCCCGCUGAGCCCCGGGGGCGGGGCGGUGGCCGCGGCGCUGGGGGCGCCCCCUCCCCCCGCGGGGCCCGGGAUGCUGCCCGGCCCGCCCAUGCGGGGCCCGGGGCCGGGGCCGGGGCCGGGGCCCGCCGGGCCCGCCGGGGGACCCAACGCCGCCGCUGCCGCCGCCGCCGCCGCCGCCGCCUUCCGCCCCAUGGGGCCCACCGGGCCCACUGCUCCCUACCAGCGGCCGGGCAUGUCGCCCGGGAGCCGCAUGCCCAUGGGGGGUCUGCAGGUGGGGCCCCCCGCCGGGCCGCCGUUCGGGACGGCCUCCCCGCUGCGCCCCGGGAUGCCGCCGGCCAUGAUGGACCCGUUUCGCAAGCGCCUGCUGGUGCCCCAGGCCCAGCCCCCGCUGCCUCCCCAGCGCCGAGGCCUGAAGAGAAGAAAGAUGGCGGACAAAGUUCUACCUCAGCGGAUCCGGGAGCUGGUCCCGGAGUCUCAGGCCUACAUGGACCUGCUGGCUUUUGAGCGGAAACUGGACCAAACCAUCGCCCGGAAGCGCAUGGAGAUCCAGGAGGCCAUCAAGAAACCCCUCACGCAAAAGCGGAAGCUGCGCAUCUACAUCUCCAACACCUUCAGCCCCAGCAAGGCGGAGGGCGAGGGGGCCGCGGGCACGGCCGGGGCGGCCCCGGGCGCGGCCCCGGGGGACAAGGUGGCCUCCUGGGAGCUGCGCGUGGAGGGGAAGCUGCUGGAUGACCCCAGCAAGCAGAAGAGGAAGUUCUCUUCCUUCUUCAAGAGUCUGGUCAUCGAGCUGGACAAGGAGCUGUACGGGCCCGACAACCACCUGGUGGAGUGGCACCGGAUGCCGACGACCCAGGAGACCGACGGCUUCCAGGUGAAGCGGCCGGGGGAUCUGAACGUCAAGUGCACCCUGCUGCUCAUGCUGGACCACCAGCCCCCCCAGUACAAGCUGGACCCGCGGCUGGCCCGGCUGCUGGGCGUGCACACCCAGACCCGGGCGGCCAUCAUGCAGGCGCUGUGGCUCUACAUCAAACACAACCAGCUGCAGGACGGCCACGAGCGAGAGUACAUCAACUGUAACCGCUACUUCCGCCAGAUCUUCAGCUGCGGCCGCCUGCGUUUCUCGGAGAUCCCCAUGAAGCUGGCGGGGCUGCUGCAGCACCCGGAUCCCAUCGUCAUCAACCACAUCAUCAGCGUGGACCCCAGCGACCAGAAGAAGACGGCCUGCUACGACAUCGACGUGGAGGUGGACGACCCCCUCAAGGCCCAGAUGAGCAACUUCCUGGCCUCCACCACCAACCAGCAGGAGAUCGCCUCGCUGGACGGCAAGAUCCACGAGACCAUCGAGUCCAUCAACCAGCUGAAGACCCAGCGGGACUUCAUGCUGAGUUUCAGCACGGACCCCCAGGACUUCAUCCAGGAAUGGCUGCGCUCCCAGCGCCGCGACCUCAAGAUCAUCACGGACGUCAUCGGGAACCCGGAGGAGGAACGCCGCUCUGCCUUCUACCACCAGCCCUGGGCCCAGGAGGCCGUGGGCCGCCAUAUCUUCGCCAAGGUACAGCAGCGCCGGCAGGAACUGGAACAGGUGCUGGGCCUCCGCCUGACCUAACGCCCGCGGGGACCCCACGCCUCCCCCUCGCGUCCGGCCCCGCCGACCCCCCCCAACCCCCAACGCCCCC